CCGGCUGAUUUCGUUAACUACAGGGUAAACAUGGAGGAAUGCGACAGCCCGCGUCCGAGACUUUUACGUGCUCCUGUUUUUCCACCUCCAGGCCUCGAUGCCCUCUACAAUCUGUGCAGAAGGGUGUACCCUGACCAGCCUAAUCCCCUGCAGGUCAAUUCAGUCGUUAAAUAUUGGCUUGGAGGUCCAGAUCCCCUUGACUACAUUAGCAUGUACGCUAAUCCUGGACAAGUGGAUCAGGGAAUUCCACCCCACUGGCAUUACAUAACUUUUGGCCUCUCCGAUCUUCACGGCGAUGGUCGCGUCCACAAUUUAUCUGACGGGGAUGAACCCAGCGGCUUUGGUUUUGAACUCACUUUCAGGCUGAAAAGGGAAAUCGAAGAAAUUACCCCUCCAACUUGGCCUGCCACCCUUCUUCAGGCUCUCGCUAAAUAUGUUUUUCAAUCACAAAACACUCUGUGUGCUGGUGAUCAUGUCUCCUGGCAUACGCCUUUAGAUGGAGGUGAAUCAAGAUUGCAGCACUUGCUUAUGGCACCUGAUCCACAGCUCGGCCAGCUAAGAUCGCCAACUGGAUUGAUCUCGUUUGUUCAGAUUGUUGGUAUCUGUGCUGAAGAGUUGAGAAUUGCUCAGCAUUGGAAUGGGCCAGGUGUGAUCGACAUUCUGAGGAGAUUGCCGUGUGCAGGCGGUCCUUGGCUGGUGACAGACAUGAGGAGAGGAGAAAGCAUGCUGGAACUUGAUCCAUCCGUCGCGGAAGAAGUUUCAAAGGGAAUCAACAACGAUGGAUCAAAUUUGAGUGGAGUUAGCGCCAGAUGUUCGUGGUCGGAAAAAUUGAAUCCAGCCUACAUUGAUGAAAAUGAAAGCCCUGAGAGAGCAACUUUAACAGAAGAUGACAGCGAAAAAAUAAGGAAUGCCCUUCGAAAAGGUUUAUUGCAAACAAGAGCGUGCAUCACACCAAACAGAAAUGAAAGAAACGAAGAUCUAAGCUCGAGCUUUAACGCUGAAGAUGGCAACGACGCAGCAGAUAUGGAUAGCAUUAGAAUACUCAAGUCCUUGCAUUUAAUCUUCAACAGGGAGGCAGGAAGCUUAUUGCCCCUAGCAAUUAGGGGUAGAGUGUCACACGGCAGGCACUUCACAUUCAAGAGCGUUUUGAACAACUCUGCAAUAACCCUUGUGUCCCCCUCGGUUACUGGCACCUUUGUUGACCCCGAAAAUCCCUAUGCUGCUCAACGCACUUGGCUCCAAAUGCUGGUGCCGCCUGAAAUGGAGAAUGACAUGGCAGAGAGCCUUGAAGAGCUCAGCAACGCUGAAAAUAUGAUUCUUCCUAAAACCUUCAAGUGGCCUGAACAAAGACUGACCAUCACCAUUGUGCCUGAUUGAGAUUAUCAAUUUUCAAGUGCAACCCUAUUCCUCUGCUUCAUGCAAAGCCAAUACUUAACCUCAUUGAAAGGCUUUAUAUUGAUACAUUUUGCAAUUAAAAGCAAUAAAUAAAAAUUUGUGUAUUCAUAAACAGCCAAUCUGCAUGAAACCUUGAUGGGCAGCUAUUACAAUUAAAACUAUAAUAGGUAUAUUAUUUGAGCUGUGUGAUCGUGCCUUAUGUGCAGCCACUCAUGGUUGGCCUGAUUUAAUCUAAUAUCUUUUUAUCACGUUGGUAAUUUUAAUUGAAGUUAGCAACAGUUCCAGUCUUCCCCACUUGCAAAAAGGAGUAAAGUUGCUCUCUUGAACAAAUUUUUUAGGAAUCCCUUUUUUCAGACAAGAAUAGUUAGGAAAAAAGUAUUGUAAUAUUUAACUUAUGCUUAUAUAAAACUAAAUUAAUAUUUUAUAUUAUGGCGAUGUUUGAUCAAAUAUAUGCGGAAAAAUAAAAUACAGCUGGAAACAUUA